AAAGAUAUGCGCUAGUUUUAUGCCAGAAUUUUUAGUUGUACAUAAGAAAAUUAAUAAUUUUUUUUUUGUUAAGGUUGGCUCUCAGACGCCGUCUAGCGUGGUUUCAUUGGUUAAUAAGCCGGAAAAGCUUGAUCCCGCGGCAGACACGCUGAAGGAAAAAAGAAAACGAUCCAGCCGAUUCUCCUUCUUGUCGGGUAAAGUGAAAAAGCCGAGUCUCGACGCUACGCGCUCGAGCAGAUUCAUUCAGAACGGAAGCGACCAAGAGAUUUCGAGGAGGUACGACAACAUCAGCAGGAUUAUAGGAUCAUGCAGGAUGCAGGACAAUUCAAAAAAGUCAGUCACAAUUAAUCACAAAUAUUGUGAGACAACAACGGAAGUCCCGCAAAAGGAUGUCACCGAAGAACCGUGUCACAACCAAAGCAUCGACAUCACGGUACUAUGGCUGGCCCUGAACGAGGAGUGCGAGGCGAUGAUGAACCCGAGGAUACAGCGCCUGUACGUCGCCUACAGCUUCCUCGGCCGCAGCGGCGCCGAGCUGGAGACGCCCGUCAGCCUGCCCAAGCCGAAACACUAUGUCGAAAAAUGCUUUUUUAAUUUUAGGAAAAGUUGCUUGGUUCCCGACCUUUAG